AUGGUGAAAGACGAACAAGUUAAAUUCGUGAUGGCCAUAAUCGACCAAAUAUUGCACGACACAUCGAAACCAUGGACGAAUUGGUUCGGAUGGAUGGAGACCCGGACCAACGUACCCAGAUUUAAAUUACUGAUAGGACUUCUGUUGUCAAUUUCAAUAAUUCUGUUCGUUUUCGGGCCUAACGCAAUGGUGUUGAGCAACGCAAUCGGGUUGAUAUACCCCGCACAAUGGACGGCGUCAUUAGUGUUUUGGCCUCCAAAGCGGAAAAAUUUCACUCCCGCCGCCGCCGUUGCCGAAGUCCAAAACAAAAAGUUUACAUACUGGCUGAUGUUCAGUGCGCUGUUGAUCGUAGAACAGGUCUGCGGAUUCGUCCUAUUUCUAUUUCCAUUGUACAUGCUGUUAAGAACAUUUUUCCUGGUGUGGUGUUCCGCACCAAUCCGAAACAACGGUGCGGCUCUUAUAUUCAACAAGGUCAUAUACAAACUCUUAAAGGUUAUUGGUGAACGACAGCCAACGCGGCAGCCUUUCGUCAAAAGUUUCCGUACUAGUGUCAACAACUUGAUGAAUCGGCAGAAAGGUCUGCCGAAAUUUCGGCCGCCUUGUCGGCCACCCCAACGAUCACCUCAGAACACAUCUUGGCGGUCGGCACUACGGAAAUAA